AUGGACGCUCUGAAGGUGCUGAGCAUCGUCCUUGUGGUGCUGCAUGUGGCUGAUGCUGCAGUGAUCCCAUGUACCUGGACGCAGUUCAGACUGAGAGAUCUGAAUGAGGAGAGCAUCAGGCUGCUGGAGGAGAUGGGGGCUCCGAUGCCGUUGAAGUGUUUGGAGGAAGGAUGGCGCGCGCUCCCAGAUGACGUGUUCUUAAAUGCACAGAAUGAAGAUCUGGCUGUUGUUGCUCUUGAAACUCUGAGCGGUGUUGAUAGAAUCUUCAAGAACGACCAAACAUCUGUCACGUGGGACCGAGAAACACUCGGACUCUUCAAGAACAUCAUCUCUUCUAGACAAGUGGAGAAUCUGCAGAAAUGUGUUGGAGAAGAUGCAUCCCAGAGUGCAGUGGGCAGUCCCUCUGCAGGCAGCAUUGGUCAACUGAAGUCCUAUUUUGAAGAGCUGGAGGAGAAGCUGAGAGUGAAGGGAUUCAGCGAGUGUGUCUGGGAGCUGGUGAGGAAUGAAGUUCUCCAGAGUCUCAGGAAGUUUCAGGAUGUUCUGAGUAAAAAGUAG